GAGGAUUCUCAACGUUUAAUCACUGUUCUUUCUGCUUUUCCAUCUUUGUUUCUCCUCAGACUCCUGCUGAGAAAGGGCUGUGCAGGUUCUCAUACCAGUCUGCCUCUGUGAGUUCUUGGGGUUUUUGAACAGUGGUUUUAUUUUCUUUAACCAGGAAGAAAAAGAGUUCUUUGAUCUGGGUGGGUUUCAGAGAUUCAAGUACUCUGCAAGUGGGUUUUUUUAAUCUAUUGUGUCGUCUAAAGCUCGAAAACCAAACUAGAAAUGUUUGAAUUCAAGACAGUAAAGAAGAAAAUGUGGAUGUUCUCUAUUUGAUUUUCUGCAGACUAGAUUGUUCUCUUUUUUUGCGUAAUGGAAGGUUUGAGAAGAAGCAGGACAAAGGGACUGCGUGGAGGAGUUGAAGAUAAACUGCGUCGACGAAGGUUGUUCUUUUGGCCCACUCCAACGAAUCGCCCACCUGGUUUUGGAUACUCAUUUCAGCUGCUUCAAUUCUGGUUCUUGAAUUCAUAGACUCGAGCUGAUUAGAAAGAUGGGUUCUUUUUCCUGGAAUUCGAAUGUUGUUUAUGGGAGCGAGUAUUCGAGAUAUUUUGAUGGGUUCUCCCCGAAUGUUGGGUUUCGGAUGAUGGGUCGAGGGGGGUCGAGUUCGUCGUCGUCAUUGGUUUUGGAUAGCGAGAAGGGAGAACUCGUGAAAGCUCCGGCGAGGUUGGGGCCGAAGGCUAUGUCGGAAGCCAAGGCCAUCGCUGCUCUGAAGAGCCACAGCGAGGCUGAGAGAAGGCGAAGGGAGAGGAUUAAUGCUCAUCUCUCUACUCUCCGGAAGCUUGUUCCUUGCUCUGAUAAGAUGGACAAAGCUUCCUUGCUCGCCGAAGUGAUCAGCCAUGUGAAGGAGCUGAAAAGGAACGCUACAGAAGCUACAAAGGGCUCCGUCAUCCCAAUGGACAAUGAUGAGUUGAUAGUUGAACCACAUGGGGAUGGAUCAGAAGGAGGGUCUGUUCUAAUCACAGCUUCUCUUUGCUGUGAUUAUCGACCUGAGCUUCUGGCUGACAUAAGACAAGCGCUCGAUUCCCUCCAUCUGAAAACAGUGAGGGCCGAGAUCUCAACCCUGGGAAGCAGGGUUAAGAAUGUGUUCGUCAUGACUAGCUAUGAAGAAGGGGGUGUCGGCAAAGGCAAUGGCGAGGUAUGCCACCUUGUGAGCUCCAUUAAGCAAGCUCUGAAUUCUGUCCUGGAAAAGGCUUCCUCACCGGAAUUUUCACCGGGAAUCACACUUUCCAACAAGAGGCGAAGGGUUUCACCUUUUGAUCAUUCCUCCAGCUCAUCUUCCUGAGAGCAGAACUUCUGCUGGAAACUAUUAUGACAACGAUAUGCAAAAGAUAGAUGUUUACUUUUACAUGUUUCAUUUGUAGUGGCAUACUGGCAUGUAUUGAAGUGGUAGAAGCCUCUAUUCCUUCUCUAUUCUGUGCUAGAACCCAGAGAGAAUUUAAGCAAAAGGCUGGAGGGUCUCUGUAGAUAGCUAAAUAAAAGCAUGAACAGUAUUUGUUUUCUGUGUCUGGGACUCUGGGUAGAGAUAUAUUUAAUUUCUGUAAACUGUGGAAGGAUAAACAGAGAAGAUUUGUGUUUUUUGUGUAAGAAGGUGAUGAAUCUAGAUUGGAAUAAGAAGGUGAAACACGUUACUGAUUUGCUCUUA